UCAAUUUAAUAAUAAUAAUAAUAAUAUUAUUAAUUAAAAUAAUUAAAUCAUACGUAUGAAAAUAAUUCGUAUACGCGCGCACGUGCACAUACAUGCAUUUUGAAUUUCGUGUGAUACAUGGAAAAAAAAAGAAGAAAAACACUAAUUGGUAUGACACGCACCGCACACACACACACACACACACACGCGUAUUUGUAUAUGGACGAGAUCAUCUACCGUUUGUCUAUCCUUGUUAAAUUUCAUUUGUAUUUUCAAGCAAAAAGAAAGAGAAAAAGCAAAGGGAUGAUAACUUAAUUUAUUAUUAUAAUUUCAUAUAGGGUGAUAAGUGAAAUUUUCACUUAAUAUCAGUCGAUCUUUCGAUGGUGCUUUUAUUAUAUUAUACACAAAAAUUCAAUUUUGACGAUAUUUACCUCGAUCUGUAAAAAAAUCACAUGGAGAACCUCCUUUACUCAUAUUUCGGCUUCGACAGGUGUCCCAGUUGAAGAAACCUAACAACAACAACAAAAGCAAAAUCGAGAAACGUCAAAGUGAUCAACGGCAGCGUAAUGAAAGCUUGAAAAGACGCAAAUCCUUACCCCAACACGGAGAAACAUCAUCCACCGUCAAUCUUAUCAAAUCCAUAUCAGUUUCCGUUUCCCAGUUACCAGCAUCAACAAUAACAACAACAACAACAACAACCGCAAUUCCUGCAUUAACGGUCCCAUCCAUCAUCGAUCCAUCAUCUCCUAAUGUAAUAACUACGUCGUUAAUAUCCACUGCAAUUGUUGGACAAAAAAGUAACGUAACCGAUGGAAAUGUUUCUAAUAAUUCGGCUAACAAUAAGUCAUCUUGCGAUAUGCAAGGUAUUUUGCAGUUCGAACCUAUCGAAAUUUAAAUUUCCCGCGCGUUAAAUUAUUUUCGAUAUUUUCACGUAUAUAUCGAAGAAUUGAAGUUCGUUUGUUCUCUUUCCGCAUAGAGCAUGCGCAUUAGUUGUUAUAUUUCCGCGCAUGCGCUUUAUUAUAUUUCGCUAAACGUGCGCGCGUAAUUAGUUUCUACGUUUGUUGACUUUAUUCUGUUAUUUAAAUUUACUUAAAUUUUUCACGAAUGCUUUUAAAUGAAAAUCAUUCCAUUGUUUUCAAUGAUACAAAGAUUUCUCAUUCAUUAAUUAAUUAAUUAUAAAAAUUUAGAUCUUCUUGGAGAUCUUAAGAAAAAUAUAAAAAAAAAAAUCAAGUUAAAUACCGUUCGAGAGUUCAUACUUUUUAUAAGUUUAUUUUAAUUCAUUGCGCGUAUGUGCUUCAUGAUAUUCAUAUGUUUAUCAUGCGUUUAUUUUCUUCGUGUUCACUUUUUAUGAUAAAAAGCUUCUUACAUAGAUUCUAAUCGGUUUCUUUAGAUAUAUUACUCUUUAUUGUUCGAAAAAAAUCAAUGUACGAAUAUAAAAAAAAUAUAAUUUGGUACUUUUGUGACAAAUUGAAUAUCAACGAGUGAAAAAUAAAAAUUUUAAGAGCUGUUCUUUAUCAUCUAUGACUCUUGAUUGUUUUAUUUUUAAUUAAUUUUAAGAGAAUAAAAACUCCACAAAUCUUUGACAUUUUCAUUUUACAUGAGACCUGAGUGUAAAACUUUAUGUUCACCUUUCUAAUCAGAAGACUGAUGACAACAAAUAAAUUCGACGUGGAAGAAUAUAUAAUACAUGAGCGAGUCGGUAAAAGUUGCCGUAAGAUGUCGGCCCAUGUCAAAUCGAGAGGAACAACAGGGAUGCAGGAACGUGGUGACGAUCGACAGGUUGACAAAAUGUUGUACACUGGAGAGUCCUUCAUCGAAUGGGUUGACAGGAGGAAAAGUGUAUCAAUUCGAUGCAGCAUUUGGUGCCGAGGCAAGCACGGAAUUAGUUUACGAAGAUGUUGGAUCGGUCAUCGUGGAAGCUGUACUUCAUGGUUACAAUGGUACAGUCUUUGCUUAUGGGCAAACAGGUUGUGGAAAGUCUUAUACGAUGCGGGGAUUCAUCGAACGUACAUUGGAACAUCUUUUCGAAGCAACUUCGACAUCCAGCACGGAGACACGUUAUCUAGCAAUACUAAGUUAUCUCGAGAUAUAUAACGAACGUUUGCGAGAUUUAUUGAAAGAAGGUACGGGAGAGACGUUGUUGAUGUUGAAGGAAGAUUCUACCAAAGGAAUUUACGUGGCUGGUGGUUUACGCGAGGUCACAGUCAAGGACGCCGCGGAAUGCGCUCGUUUGAUUGAACAAGGCGAUCGAAAAAGAGCAGCCGCAGCCACAAAGAUGAAUGCAGCAAGCUCGAGGAGUCACGCUGUUUUAACGCUGGCACUUGAAGCAAUAGCCAUCAAUGAAAAUGAUAAGGGUGGUAACGCUAUUAGAAGAGGGAGACUUCAUUUGGUCGAUUUGGCUGGUUCGGAAAGACAAACGAGAACUGGGGCUACUGGGGAUCGUUUGAAAGAAGCUGCCAGUAUUAAUUUAAGCUUGUCUGCUCUUGGUAAUGUUAUCAGCGCAUUGGCUGCUGGUAAUGGCCGACAUGUACCAUACAGGGAUAGUAAAUUGACUAGAUUAUUGAGGGACAGUCUUGGUGGCAAUGCAAGAACUUUGAUGAUAGCUUGCAUCAGUCCAAGUGAUAUCGAUGCCGAAGAAACAUUGAGUACACUUCGAUACGCAGCCAGAGCACGUUGCAUCAAAAAUAAGCCAAUCGUUAACGAGGAUCCUAAAGAUGCUUUACUCAAACAAUAUCAAUUAGAAUUAGAGAGACUUCGAAAAUUAUUGGAAUCGAGUGAUAAAAUACCAGAUCAAACUAGUUUUUCGAAGGACGAGCAAGAGGAAAACAUCGAGCUAAGAGAAAGGGAAUAUAUCGACGAAGUCGAAAAAUUGAGAAAAGAAUGCGAAAGUUCGAAUUUAUCAGCGCAAAGAUUACGCGAGGAACUUGAUCUUUUGAGGUCUAGAUACGAGAAUGCAAACGUCAAGCCUGCGUUGCUUGAAGGUAAACAUGUUAUGGAUGAAUUGGAUAAAGAACGCGAAGAAAAACGUCGGAAAAAAAGAGAGGCCGCUAAACAAGAAGUAUUAAGAAGAUUAGAAAAACUUACCAUUGGUGGAGAGGCUCUUGACAAUACUGAGUUAAGAAAACGAAGAGAGAAGAGAAGAAAAAGAUUGCAAGCUCUUGCUGGUGUCUUAGAAGCUAGUAGUCAGGAUGGUGGGGUCUUCCAAGUUUAUGGUCAACUCAGGUCUACUGAAGAUGCAUUAAAAAGAAUGGCAAAAAGAGUACGGCAAUUAGAAGCGGAAGCAGCCGAUCUUCAAGCAUCAUGGGAUGCUGAACGUCGCGAUCUUUUACGACGAGAAUUACUUACGUCACAAUUAUGCGAAGCAAUGGUACCACAUCUUAGACCAGGUUGUCCACUCCGUGACAUAGCAUCGGUAAGAGCAUCGGCUACUUGGUGCGAGGAAUUAAAUCGAUGGAGAUUUCCGGAUGCAUCAACAUACAUUCCUUUACCACCUACGUCCAUGCAAUAUCGUGAUGGUACCAUUAAUAAUGUACCGUUACAUUCAAGUACAAUAUUUAAAGCAGAUCUUAAUAAUAACAAUAGCAGUAACAAUGGAAAGGAAGAGGAGUAUCGAAAAAUUAAUGUUGCCUCUAAGGAGACUACUAAUGAGGCAAACAACGAUAACAACAAUACUGAGACUACCAAAAAACUUGAUAUCGUUGACACUUAUUUUCGAAGGAACAGGAUUGAUACUUUGUUGGCACGUGUUAGAGAAGCCAAAACAUUUGAAAUAGGAAGUCGUCUGAGCAAGUCUGGUGGCUCAGAGGAUACAACAACGCCAGCUAAUAACUACCUUCAACUCAACGCUUUGAACUUGCAAAGCAGUGCACCUGUCAUUACCGAAUCUACCGGUUACAAGCCAAGUCAACAUCUACCACUUCCUGGACACUUAACAAGAAAUGCGUGGACCUUCGAAGACAAUCCUACGAACAAAACUUAUGGUUCAUUCGUUACAAAUACGAAAAAAAAUCCACCAAGGAUUUUAGAAGCUUUACCAUCCUAUCCGCAAGGAAAUGGACAAAUUAUUAACGCUCCCUUUCAUUUCAAUGAAAAGAUUAGUUCAAGAUUAAAUUCUAAUGGGGAUCAACAACAAGAAGAAUUACGUAGACGUCGUUUGCUUGAUCUCGAUAGAAAUUUCCAUUCCCCAACAAGCUGACGAAAUUGAUGAUUUAAUGAAAUUUGUAUAUAAAAUUUAUGCGGUUGACAUAAUCGCUGUUUUUAUUGCAAUUUUUUCGUAACGUUAAUUAAUAUUGUAUUUACGUUAAUUUAUUACAAAUAAUCAUGACAAAUCAAAGGUGUCAAGAAUAUUUUCGAAAUAUUUUUACAAACGAUUGGGACUGAUCAUUUCAGUAAUAAAAUAGAAAAUUACAGUGUCUUUGUACAUUAAGUUCAGAAAUUAUUUCGCAAAUGGUUUGAUCAUAAUUCGAGAUAACUUGAGAAAGAGAGAGAGAAAGUUCACACACACAAUUCUCAAGUUACAUUACUUAACAUCUAACGUGUUGAAAUUAUCGUAGCAAAAUUAUGACCAAACUUUGUUCGUUACUUUAAUAACUUGUAAAAAAUGUAUAAAUGUAAUAUUUCAUGAGA